CCUUCAAAGUUUUAUUGCAUCCCGUGAACUGAAGUUUUCAUAUUUCAAUUAUAUCAAUCACAAAAAUAAAAUAAAAUAAUAGUAAUAAUAAUAAUAAUGAAGAGUUAAGGUGAAGAUAUAUGCUUUGUCCACUGUAAGUGUAACUGCAUUUUCUUGCCACCAUGAAAAUCCCUCCAAAGAAACCUCAUUUUUUCAAACCUAUUCAACCAGGUUUCAAGAAUGGUCUUAAAAUUCCUAUAGGUUUCUUGAAGUAUUUGAAGGGACAUUAUCAACAUGGACAUGUAAUACUUAAAAGGGAUGGUAAAAAGUGGAUGGUUAAGUUGAAUGAACAUCGAUUCGAGGAGGGUUGGGAGAAGUUUUCAGAGGAGCAUGAUGUACAAUUGCGAUAUAUGUUGGUGUUUAGACAUGAAGGAAACAUGGAAUUUGAGGUUUCCAUCUUUGACUCAACUCAUUGUGACAGAGAAUAUGUAGAGUAUAUACAAGUAGAAGAAAAAGAAGAAGACAGGGAAGAGGUGGACGAGGAGGAAGAGGAAGAAGAAGGAGAAACUUCCAAGAAAUUUGAAUUCGAUGACAAACCAAACCCCUGCAUCAUGUCAUCAAGCAGGCCUUUUCCCAAUUCAGAAGAAGUUUCAACUCGUUUUGUAUUCACUGUUAAACCUUAUUGCCUUACAUGUGGUUUCUUGCGCCUUCCUAAAAAAUUUGUACUGGCAAAUGGUUAUGCGAAGACAUGUCCUUUGGUUAUCCGAGAUGAAAGACAAAGAUCGUGGAAUUUAAGGCUAGCUUCCUAUGGUUCUGGUAUCCAUGUAUUAGGUGGAUGGAAUAAAUUCCACCUUGCAAAUGGCUUAAAAGUGGGAGAUCGUAAAAUGUUUGAAGUUGUUACUAACGGAGAAAAACCAAUAUGGAAAUUUCAUGACAAACCGAGCCCCAGUAUCAAGUCAUCAAAUGCUAGCUUCAGGCCAUUUGUUCAUUCUCAUUUUGAAUGUGAUAUUAGGCCCUAUUGCCUUUCAUAUGAUAUCUUGUACAUUCCCAAAAAAUUUGCACAUGCAAAUGAUCUCAUCAACAAGAAACGUGAUUUGAUUGUUAGAGAUGAAAGGCAAAGGUUGUGGGAUUUAAGGUUAUGUUAUUUUGGAACCGGUGUAUGCAUGAAAGGUGGAUGGCAUGAAUUCCGUUAUGCAAAUUGCUUAAAGGAGGGAGAUCGCGUAAUGUUUGAGGUUGUUGCUAAUGGCGAAAAACCAAUAUGGCAAUUUCAUGGCAAAAAAGGAUAUGACAAGAAUGCAAGCAUCGUACAAGGGAAUGACUGAACAAUGACGCGCAAUUGACAAAGGGCAGCCCUUGGAAUCGACAAAGGGCGUCUACAUGUCACACCUCUUGGAAUGUAGCCCUUCCCCAACAUAAAUGCGGGAUGUUUUGUGUACCGGAAUUACAAGGGUUUGAUAUGGUCAUGUAUUUACUAGCUUGUAAAUAUCUCCUGGAAUGUAACAUCCUUUAGGCUUAUUUUGCUUCAUCUACUUGGACUUGUAUGAAUUGUAUUGAAAAAAUGGUAGUAACUUGAGAAAAUUGAAGGAAAGUUAUCUUUUAAUUCAUGAAUGAAGUAUUGGUGACAUUGACAAA